CACACUGAGGCCCAGAGGGGCUCACCCACAGGUGUCCGACACCAGGCCACCGACUGGAGCCCCCAAAAGGAGCCCGGUGAUGCUCCCCAGGCUGUGAACAGGGGAGGUGGUGCUGUGGGGGCUGCUGGCAGCCGGGGCUGGAGAGAGACAUGUGGACACGUGGCCCCUAUGGCUCCCGCCGGCCAGAUCCUCCGCUGGGUCCUCACCCUGGGGCUGGGCCUCACGUUCGAAGUCCUACAUGCCUUCCGCUCUCAAGAUGAGUUCCUGUCCAGUCUGGAGAGCUACGAGAUCGCCUUCCCCACUCGAGUGGACCAUAAUGGGGCACUGCUGGCCUUCUCGCCCCCACCCCACCGGAGGCAGCGUCGGGGCACAGGGCCAGCUGCAGAGUCCCGCCUCUUCUACAAGGUGGCUGCACCCAGCACCCACUUCCUGCUGAACCUGACCCGCAGCCCCCGCCUCCUAGCAGGGCACGUCUCCGUGGAGUACUGGACACGGGAGGGCCUGGCCUGGCAGAGGGCUGCCCGGCCCCACUGUCUCUACGCCGGCCACUUGCAGGGCCAGGCUGGCAGUUCCCGUGUGGCCAUCAGCACCUGCGGGGGCCUGCAUGGCCUCAUUGUGGCGGAGGAAGAAGAAUACUUGAUCGAGCCCCUGCAAGUUGGGCCCAAAGGAGCCCAUGGCCCAGAGGAGAGUGGCCCCCAUGUGGUGUACAAGCGCUCCUCUCUGCGUCACCCCCACCUGGACACAGCCUGUGGAGUGAGAGACGAGAAGCCGUGGAAGGGGCGGCCGUGGUGGCUGCGUACCCUGAAGCCGCCACCUGCCAGGCCGCUGGGGAAUGAGACGGAGCGCGGCCAGCCAGGCCUGAAGCGCUCGGUCAGCCGAGAGCGCUACGUGGAGACGCUGGUGGUGGCAGACAAGAUGAUGGUGGCCUACCACGGGCGCCGGGAUGUGGAGCAGUACGUGCUGGCCAUCAUGAACAUUGUUGCCAAACUUUUCCAGGACUCGAGUCUGGGAAACAUCGUUAACAUCCUGGUGACACGCCUCAUCCUGCUCACGGAGGACCAGCCCACCCUGGAGAUCACCCACCACGCCGGGAAGUCCCUGGACAGCUUCUGUAAGUGGCAGAAAUCCAUCGUGAGCCGCAGCGGCCAUGGCAACGCCAUCCCGGAGAACGGUGUGGCCAACCAUGACACAGCAGUGCUCAUCACGCGCUACGACAUCUGCAUCUAUAAGAACAAGCCCUGCGGGACACUAGGCCUGGCGCCCGUGGGCGGGAUGUGCGAGCGGGAGCGGAGCUGCAGUAUCAACGAGGACAUCGGCCUGGCCACCGCCUUCACCAUCGCCCACGAGAUUGGACACACGUUUGGCAUGAACCACGACGGCGUGGGGAACAGCUGCGGGGCGCGGGGCCAGGACCCGGCAAAGCUCAUGGCCGCCCACAUCACCAUGAAGACCAACCCUUUCGUGUGGUCGUCCUGCAGCCGCGACUACAUCACCAGCUUCCUGGACUCAGGCCUGGGGCUGUGUCUGAACAACCGGCCCCCCAGACAGGACUUCGUGUACCCGACAGUAGCGCCCGGCCAGGCCUACGACGCAGAUGAGCAGUGUCGCUUCCAACAUGGAGUCAAAUCGCGUCAGUGUAAAUACGGGGAGGUCUGCAGCGAGCUGUGGUGUCUGAGCAAGAGCAACCGGUGCAUCACCAACAGCAUUCCAGCCGCCGAGGGCACGCUGUGCCAGACGCACACCAUCGACAAGGGGUGGUGCUACAAGAGAGUGUGCGUCCCCUUCGGGUCGCGGCCGGAGGGCGUGGACGGGGCCUGGGGCCCGUGGACCCCGUGGGGCGACUGCAGCCGGACGUGCGGCGGCGGCGUGUCCUCCUCCAGCCGUCACUGCGACAGCCCUAGGCCAACAAUCGGGGGCAAGUACUGCCUGGGCGAGAGACGGCGGCACCGCUCCUGCAACACCGACGACUGCCCCCCAGGCUCUCAGGACUUCAGGGAAAUGCAGUGCUCUGAAUUUGACAGCGUCCCCUUCCGUGGCAAAUUCUACACGUGGAAGACCUACCGAGGAGGGGGCGUGAAGGCCUGCUCGCUCACAUGCCUGGCCGAAGGCUUCAACUUCUACACCGAGAGGGCGGCAGCCGUGGUGGACGGGACGCCCUGCCGCCCGGACACGGUGGACAUUUGUGUCAGCGGCGAGUGCAAGCACGUGGGCUGUGACCGGGUCCUGGGCUCCGACCUGAGGGAGGACAAGUGCCGGGUGUGCGGCGGUGACGGCAGUGCCUGCGAAACCAUCGAGGGGGUCUUCAGCCCGGCUUCACCUGCAACCGGGUACGAGGAAGUCGUCUGGAUCCCCAAAGGCUCCGUCCACAUCUUCAUCCAGGACCUGAACCUCUCCCUCAGUCACCUGGCCCUGAAGGGGGACCAGGAGUCCCUGCUGCUGGAGGGGCUGCCCGGGACCCCCCAGCCGCACCGCCUGCCCCUGGCCGGGACCACCUUUCAGCUGCGACAGGGGCCGGAUCAGACACAGAGCCUGGAAGCCCUGGGACCUAUAAACGCGUCUCUCAUCGUCAUGGUGCUGGCCCGGACGGAGCUGGCUGCCCUGCGCUACCGCUUCAACGCGCCCAUCGCCCGAGACGCGCUGCCCCCCUACUCCUGGCACUACGCCCCCUGGACCAAGUGCUCCGCCCAGUGUGCCGGCGGCAGCCAGGUGCAGGCCGUGGAGUGCCGCAGCCAGCUGGACAGCUCGGCCGUGGCCCCCCACCACUGCAGCGCACACAGCAAGCUGCCCAAGCGGCAGCGCGCCUGCAACACGGAGCCCUGCCCACCCGACUGGGUGGUAGGGAACUGGUCGCGCUGCAGCCGCAGCUGUGAUGCGGGCGUGCGCAGCCGCUCCGUCGUGUGCCAGCGCCGAGUGUCAGCCGCCGAGGAGAAGGCGCUGGACGACAGCGCGUGCCCGCAGCCGCGCCCACCCGUCCUGGAAGCCUGCCAGGGCCCCGCCUGCCCGCCCGAGUGGGCCGCCCUGGACUGGUCAGAGUGUACCCCCAGCUGCGGGCCGGGCCUCCGCCACCGCGUCGUCCUAUGCAAGAGCUCAGACCACCGCGCCACGCUGCCCCCCGCGCACUGCCCGCCCGCGGCCAAGCCGCCGGCCACCAUGCGUUGCAACUUGCGCCGCUGCCCCCCCGCUCGCUGGGUGGCAGGCGAGUGGGGCGAGUGCUCCGCACAGUGCGGCCUCGGGCAGCAGCAGCGGGCGGUGCGCUGCUCCAGCCACACCGGCCAGCCGUCCCGCGAGUGCGCAGAGGCCCUGCGGCCCCCCGCCACGCAGCAGUGCGAAGCCAAGUGCGACAGCGCGCCCCCCGGGGACGGCCCCGAAGAGUGCAAGGAUGUGAACAAGGUCGCCUACUGCCCCCUGGUGCUCAAAUUUCAGUUCUGCAGCAGAGCCUACUUCCGCCAGAUGUGCUGCAAAACCUGCCAGGGCCGCUAGGGGGCGCGCGGGCCCCGGAGCCACAGCUGGGCGCCGGCUGGAGGGGACCUUGCCUGCAGCUGGCCAGCCUGAAGGAGCCCGAGGGGGCGGGAGCUGGGUGAGACGAAACCGGAAGUUAUUUAUUGGGAACCCCUGCAGGGUCCCUGGCUGGUGGUUGGAGAGGGGUUGGCCACCCCCAGGGCCCCUCCUCAUCCCUUCUCCCAGUUCAUAGUUGAGACCCCCUCCAGGGUGAGCUUGAGGAAGGAACAACUGUUCGCCCUAGCGCCCUUUUCACCCACCCCUAGGGAGCCCCCAAUACUGCCCCCCCUUUGACCGGAAUAUGUACUGUGAAGAGUGGGGGCUGCGGAGGGGGUCUGCCGGUGUCAUGCCCCCAGCACUGCCCAAUCCCUCCAGUCUGAGCUGGGGGGAGAGAGGGGGGUCUAUGUCUGCUAUAGGGGAGGGGGAUUAGCAGCGCCUCUCCGACACCCUCCCCCUGACCAGACCAGCUACAGGGGUGAGGCAGAGCUGGCAAGAUCCACCCCAACCUCUGCCCUGCCUGCCCCAGGGGGACCCCGACGUCCAGGCGCCCCCAUCAUGGUGCUACAGGCCCUGCCCUGGGGCCCACACACCCCUCGCCAGGAAGCCCUCCAUCAAUAAAGUUCUGUCUUGUGUA